AUGUCUUCGCUAUUCAAGCCGUAUCGGGCUCUCGGCGUUUACUCGGGUAGCUACCCGGGCAUCGUCCACUGGCACAAAAACCGUCGCUACCACAUCCUCAACGUUCCAAUUUCCAACGCUUUUCACUCGUACAAAGUCGAUGGUUUGGGCAUAAUCGGCAUUUCCGACUCCAUGCCCGGCGAAAUCACUCAAUUGUCCGAAUACCAUUCGCUCGUUUCUGCCCAAGCAGAUGGCCACCUCUGGGUUUUUAUGAAUGGAAAAGUGCUUUUCAAGUUUAAAACAGCAGAUGACAUCGUGGCGCAUUACUUAUUCGGCAUGGACAUCGCUGUUAUUCUUACUGACUGCCCGAAUCUCUUCAAUAUCAAAACUGGAAAGAAAAUCUACUCUUUCGACGCGCUAAAAGGAAAAACAAUCACGACAGUACUGAAAACUCCACAUUUACACGUGAUUGGAGUUGGCGCAGAAGAUGGCACAUUCGCCUUAUUGAACAUCAAGAAGAACAAAAUCCUGCUAAAGCUGAAUAAUGCGAAUAGAGUGACAGCGGCUGAUUGCCGAACGGAUUUGCCAGUGGCGGCGAUUGGGACGGAUGACGGGAAGAUUUCGAUUUGGAACUUGGAACACAUGCAAUUGAUUACGCAAAUUGAGAACCACGAUAGCGCAGUUCUGUCAAUAUCCUACCUUCCAAACGAAGAUUGCUUCGUAACAGUCGGCUCAGACAACAGCAUCCGCGUUUUCGCCGAAAAUAAGCAACUCCGUUACCGAUUCGGCCACUCUCUUCCUCCGACAAAGAUCCAGUUCUACGGAAGCGAGGAAAAACACAUUAUCCUCUCCGCAGCAGUUCAUUCAAAUUCAAAUACGGCUACGACUUGGUCGACUUACAAAACGAAAAGAGGAGCAUUCAAUCUUUCUCCCAAGAAUUUAAAAGCGAAAGUCACAUCUGUAGAAUGCUCACAAUGCGGGAACAUGGCUUGGAUUGGCUGCGAUGACGGGUCAAUUCGCGAGUUUAAUCUGCAAUCCGGCCGUUUGAGAAAAGAAUACCAAAUUGGAGAAGAUAAAAUGAAAGCGCACGAUGAUCGGGUCACUGGAAUCGGCUGCCAAAUGCUGCAAGUUGCAUUGAUUACCACUUCUCUUGAUGGAAAACUGAAAGCGUGGAGGAUACAUACAGGAAAGCUUCUCGAAACGAUUGAUCUUCAUGAGCCCGCAUUGAACUUCGCGUUCCAGAGAAAAGCAAAUCUCGCAGCAGUUGCACUGGCCGACUUUUCCAUCAUCAUCGUCGACUGCACAGGACACCCCUUACUUUAG